CGGAUCCCAGGAGGUGCGGGACGAUGCCGGCAUCGCAUCGCACCGGCGGGCCCCGCUCUCCCAUCCCGGGCCGCAGGGGAGACUGUGGCCAGAGUGACAACUGCAGAAGACCUCAGUGCCUUGCACCUCUCCUCUCAAGGCAUCACAUUUACCCCAGGACCUCAUUCUACACAAAACAGAGCAUCACUGUGUGGCAGCAUGUGGAGCUCAAUUAAAUCGGCUGCAGAUUUGUACCGAAGUCUAAGCGUUCACAGCCUUGGGACUUUAAAUCAAAAUCCUCCUAUUGCUCAGAGGAUAAGCACUGUGUAACUUGCAGUUACGCCUGUGAGCUCCAUCCCAGAUCCUACAUUAUUCUCCUGGGACGUCGGGCAGAUCUUACUUCAAAAGACAGCUGAAAAAGAAGAUGAACUGAAAAAAGCAUUUCAGAUGCUUGAUGUUGGUCAGACUCUGACAGUCACAAAGGGUGAAUUCAGGAGAGUGAUUGAAACCUUUCUCUUCCAUCUAACAGAAGCCGAAUUUGAUACUGUGCUGGCAGAGGACUUAUCCAUGUAUAUUGAAAUACAGACCCCAAAUAUUGGCAAAGUUACUGUGCCGUAUCUCGACUUCCUGUCAAAGUUCACUAAAACUGCCAGAAGUACCAGCAUGCUCAAACGGUUGAACAGGCACAGUCACCAAACAAUAACAUUAAGACAGCUGGAAUCCCUGCUCAAGGAGAAAAUUGCAAAGAAUGUGAAAAACAUUAUCAGGUGCUGCAGACUUUUUAACUACAGCUGUGCAGGGUGGACACAGAGGCACACAUUAAGGCAAGUUCUUGAGAUUGCCUGUUUUAGGAUGAAGGACUCAGAAUUUGAAAAGCUGUGGAACUGUUACUGUGCUAGAGAUUCUAAUGUGAUGGAUUAUAAAGAAUUUCUAAAGAAUUUUGGCAUAAGUACAGACAUUAUAUCAAUAGAAGUAUUUCUGUUGGCCUUGACGGAUCUGAAGGAACAGAAUCAGAAUAAACUUCUUCCCCAGUCUUCACCAGCAAAACUUUUCCUACAGCCUUCACCAGCUGGGUGCGUUGUGACAGAGUGCAGCCUGGAGAGCACUAAGAGGGCAUUUAGAGAAAAGCUGUGUUCAGCCUAUCAGGACAUUGAAAAAGCCUUCAGAGCAAUUGAUGUCAGUUGGAGUGGAUUUGUGUCUUUGGAUUACUUUAAGUCAGUCAUAAAUGGCUUUAUAUUUCCUUUGCCAAAUGAAACUUUUCAAGAGCUAAUGAAUAGAUUUGGGCUGAAAGCCACAGGUAAAAUUGCUUGGCAACAAUUUUUAGAAAAAUUCCGGGAUGCUGGGAGCACCUUUGAAAACAGGCAGAAAAUUCCUAUGAGAAAAAAAGAUAAAAGCGUAUCCACUCAAUGGUCACCCUUGAUUAAAUUCAACUGUCUUUUUUCCUCUUGCAGAGUAAAUCCAGCUAGAGGAGAUGAAGCUUUCUCCAGCGACAUUCUUCUUCAGAAGCUGCGCAGAUGCAUCCAAGAUGUUUAUCCCUUUUUAAAGCAGGCAUUCCUUACGCUUGAUGAAGUUUCACGGCCAAACCUGGCUCUGUGUUCCCUCUCCACGCUCUUCCUCCUGCUCGGGACUGUCUCUGGGCCUAAGUGGUUUGCCUCCUUUCAUCGCCUACCGCAGUCUAUCGUCAAGUGUGGUAGCUCCCAGAAAAAGUUAACAAAAGAGUUAAUUGAGAUAUUUGAUCCAGAACAGAUGGGAUACCUUGACUACCAUGAAUUUUUAGACUUGUCUGAAGAAAAACAAUCAGUAGUUUAUGGGAACAGAGUGUUCCUGCAGAUGCAUUCCAAGAUUGUCCCCAAAGCAGAAUAUGAGCUGUACUUCAAUCGAGAAAUCAACCUAAUCAAGCAGAUUGAAGAUCAAGCGAACAAAUACGCCCAGAAUAGAACUGUUGAUGAAGUAAUUAAAAGGCUGAAGGACAGAGUGAUACAACAGGCAGCAGCUAUCAAAGACAGCUUUUUUGCCUACAACAAAUAAUCACAUGGGAAAAUUAAUAAAGCUCGCUUGUGGCAGGUGUUGGAAGAUCAUGGCAUGCCAAUGGAUGACAGUCAAUUUAAUCUACUAACAGAAAAGUUAGGGUUACCAGAUGGAGGGUUGAGUUAUUUGGAUUUUGUGGCAACACUGGCAGGGUGGAACCCUGAGUGCAGACUAAAGCUACUCCUGUGUUCCCUCACUGAGACAGACGGACGAUAUGACAGCAAGUCACAGCUUUCACGGUGCUCCUUUUCUCCUCCUCCAUUUGAUUUCGUUAUUGCAGAUGCCAGAUUGAAUGGGCUGGGAGCUACAUUAUAUAACAGUCCAAACCACAGAGUAAAUGAUGCUAAAUAUCACUCCAUGACUGCUGAAGAGUGUCUCAGUCAACUUAAUGAUAAGCUGAUGGAAGACACCUAUUCUGUCCUCCAUGAAACAGACAGUAAUCAUGACAGUAUCAUCAACUUGCUUGACUUUCGGCAAUUCUUGGACAGCUUUCUGCUUCAUCUUAGAGAUGAGGAAUUCCUGCGCCUGCUUGGUUUGUUGGGAAUGAACCUGACCUCCAGGUUAAAUUACCAAAUGAUAACGGAUGCAGAGCUAGCUUGUGAUCACGCUCAUUACUACCUUGUUAUCAAAGCAAGAACCAGAUGGCAUGACCUAGCAAGGAAUUUUCAGGAAUUUGACAGUGAAGGAAAUGGCAUUAAACAGCCAAGGGACUUGAAGAAAGUCUUGUUCAGAUUUGGCAUUCCAAUCACCCUGGAAGAAUUUAAGCAGCUUUGGGCAAGGUAUGAUGCAGAUGGAAAAGGAUAUCUUACUCACCAAGAAUUUUUACAGAAACCGGGGAUAGAGUUUGCACCCGCUGACACAGGGCUCAGCAGACACAUGAUGGAAGACAUCUAUGCACAUUUGCAAGCACAUUAUAAUAAUCAACAAAAGAAGCAUUCAAAGCUGGAAGAGCAGCUGAAGCUCUGCAUGGAUAAAUUUAGGGAUUACUUCCAAGAUUUCAAUAAGGCCUUUCAUAAAGCGGGUAAAAAUAGAGAUGGCUAUGUAACAGUAUGUGACCUGCACAGGAUACUACAAGAACUCAACUAGUACCUUAAUCACGAUCAGUUCAGCAGUCCUCUAAACAGCUUAGGAAUCAGCAUUCAUGACAGCAAGCUCUCCUAUUUCGAUUUCCUGAGAGCAAUUGAUGAUGGCAGAGCAUCUAAAUACCAACAGAGACAAAAGCAGGCUGCACCACCUGCAAGCUUUGCAGCGCUCAGCUUAGAACAGACCCUAAUUAAGAUAAAAGAAAUAGUUGCAUCAUCUAACGAUUUGUUGUACAAGGCAUUUUCUCUAUUUGGUAAAGAAGACACUGGAGUAAUUAAAGCACUGGAAUUUCGGCAAGUACUUGACCAUUUCUGCUUUAAAUUAUCAGUCAAGCGGUUCAGACACCUUCUCAAGAACCUUAAUCUUUGUGAGGACUUCACAGUAGGCUGGAAAGCUUUCCUGAAAAACAUAAACCACCUCAUAGUGACUGAGGAAGGGCAAAAAGUCAUUCCACCUAAAUCUGCUUGGGAGCUGUCAGAGAGAGGCAUCCUCUCACAGAUACAAGAACUAGUGACUGCUGGCUUUAACGCAAUUGCACAAGAGUUGAAACAUAUUGACUCUUCAAAAGAUAAUACAGUAUUAAAAGAAGAGUUCUGGGAUAUAUGUAACUGACAUUCUAGUCAGCUGACUGAAGAACAAUUUGAAAAUCUUUGGAACACAGUGGAUGUCAGCACUGGUGGACAGUUGAAGUAUCAGGACUUUUUGAAGAAGUUCAGCUCAGAACUUGUAACGAUGCUGUCCAGCACUCCCAGCGCAACUAGUUCUGCAACUUCUACCAAGCCAGCUACCCAUGCCGUGCAGGACCCAUGCAUGGCUCCUCAGCCUGAACGCCCCAAGACAUCAUCUUCUCUAGUAGGGCAAAAGAGUAUACCAACAUCCAGUCGUCCUCAGACAACAACAACUUGUUCUGCAUCUGUCCUUACCAGCAAAACCAUAGACAAUAAGAUAAGAAAGAACAUCCUACAUUCCUGGAGAGGCAUACUGAAAGCAUGCAAAGAGAAGGAUGUCGGCACGAUAGGAGAAACCCCAGUGUCAGACUUCUUAGAUAUAGCAGAGAAGUUCAAUUUGGAUUUAAAGGAAGGGGAUAUUAACCACAUAACAACAAAAUAUGAUUUCAAGAAAAAUGGAAGAUUUGCAUACUAUGAAUUCCUUCAGAGUAGUAUCUUGUUGUUAAAACCACAGGAAAGCUCACUGCUACAGAGGGUGAUUAUACAGAAGCCACAAAAGCCACUGAGUUCUGGACCACAAACCACAUCAUUCUUCAGUGCAAUGCUGAGAAUUCAGCCCCAGAUCCUGCACUGCUGGCGACCAAUGAAGCGAACUUUUAAAUCCUAUGAUGAAAGUCAUACUGGACUGUUAAAUAUUGCAGAUUUCAGACAAGUUCUUCGUGAGUACAGCAUCACCCUAACUGAAGAGGAGUUAUUCAACGUUUUGGAAUACUAUGAUAAAACUUUGUCUUCAAAAAUAUCCUAUAAUGAUUUUCUCCGGGCAUUCGUACAGUAGGAUUUGGUCAAAUGCAGGAAACUGUAGAUAAAGACAGUGACUGAUUUAUAAUUUCAAAUUUCAAACUAAUAAAUUAAUUGAGUGUGGCUUUUUUGUAUCUAUUCAUUAGAAAACUCAAAAUACUUUAAAAUUCUGACAGUGGUCCUGUGUUGUGGAUUAAAUCUACGUAGUGAGGGAAUUAAUUUUGCAUAAUCCAUUUAUCAAAAAAGAAAAAGACAACAAUUAACACUAUC